GCAGCCCUGAGUGGGCAGCUGAAGCCUGCAGCGGGGAAUCCUGAGCAGGAGAUGGAGCCCCAGCUGGGGCCUAAGGCUGCCGGCCUCGGCCCAGGCUGGCCCGUGCUGCUGCUGUGGGUCUCAGCCCUGAGCUGUUCUCUUUCUUCGCUGGCUUCUCCCUCUCCUUCUCUGGUGCCCCGAAGCAGAACCAGCUAUAAUUUUGGAAGGACUUUCCUCGGUCUUGAUAAAUGCAAUGCCUGCAUCGGGACAUCAAUUUGCAAGAAGUUCUUUAAAGAAGAAAUAAGGUUUGACAGCUGGCUGGCUUCCCCCCUCGGACUGCCUCCCGACUACUUGCCUUCUUACCCUGCAAAUUACUCAGAUGAUUCCAAAACCUGGCGCCCUGUGGAGGUCUCCAGGCUGGUCAGCAAACAGCAAAGUGACAUCUCAGACAGGAGAAUCUGCGCCUCUGCAGCAGCCCCAAAGACCUGCAGCAUCGAGCGCAUCCUGAGGAAAACCAGGAGGUUCCAGAAAUGGCUGCAGGCCAAGCGCCUCACACCAGACCUGGUGCAGGGCCUGCCCAGCCCCUUCCUGCGCUGCCCGUCGCAGCGACUCCUGGACCGUGUGGUCCGGCGCUAUGCUGAGGUGGCCGACGCCGGCAGCAUCUUCAUGGACCACUUCACAGACCGAGACAAGCUGCGUCUGCUCUACACCCUGGCUGUCAAUGCUCAUCCCAUCCUCCUGCAGAUCUUCCCGGGCGCCGAGGGCUGGCCGCUGCCCAAGUACCUGGGCUCCUGCGGCCGACUGGCGGUCAGCACCAGCACCAGCCCGCUGCGGGACUUCUACGGCGCGGCCCCGGACCAGGCGGCCGACCUGGCCUACCAGCUCCUCGGUGUCCUCGAGUCCCUGAGGAGCAAUGACCUGAACUACUUCUUCUACUUCACCCACGUCGACGCGGGCACAUUUGGCAUCUUUAACAAUGGGCAUCUGUUCAUCCGGGAUGCCAGCGCCUUGGGCGUCAUCGACAAGCAGGAAGGCAGCCCGGCAGCUGCCGGAGCAGGAGAGAGUAAAGACAUCUUCAGCUGCCUGCUUUCGGGCUGCCAGGCCGAGCUGCCCUCCUGCUACACCAUCCCGGAGAAGCAGAGCCUGGUGCUCGUGUGUCGGCAGCUGCUACCUCGACUCCUCCAGGGGAAGUUCCCCUCUCCGGUGCAGGAGGAGAUAGACACGGCACUUGCCCAGUGUGGGGAGGGCGCCCACCCCGACCCCGAAGUGCUCGGGGCCGCCAGCCGGCUGAAGGACAUCUUGAGACCCCUGAGAACCUGUGACCCCAGAUUCGCCUACCGCUACCCAGACUGCAAGUAUAAUGAUAAGUUCUGA